AUGACUGUCCCCAGCAUUGGGGACAUUCUCAUGUUAUCUCAGAAAGCCUGGAAGAUUGGCAGCGCAUUCGCUGCUUGCCAAAAACAAGCUCUGCCUGGCCUCGGCUACAUCGAAGUUGAAAUUGGCGGUCUAGCAAAAGCGCUCACGCUAUUGGCAGAGACAUUAUACGCCGAGUGCGAAAGCGAUCUACUGCAGAAGGCUGACCCGCAAACUCGAGCCGGAGUUGCUGCAAUAAUCGGAUCCUGUAAGCGAGUAGUCGACGAUCUCGAUUCUUUAAUAGAUAAAUACCAGGUCAUCAAAAAACAUAGGACUGUGGGCGGUUUCGCAAUUGAGCGAGCAUGGAGUGACUUGGCAGUAGCCGAGUACAAGACGAUUCCUUGGACCACAGAAGGUGGCGACCUAGACAAUCUGAGGGACUUGCUACAGGUGCACAAAAACUCAAUUAUCGUUUUGGUGCAAGCAUUACAAAGGCUAUCCUCAACUCGUUUAGAACGGGUAGUGAGGCCAAUGGCAGAACGCAUCGACAGUAUUUACACUUCAAGCAGCAGCCUCGAUCAGCAGUUGGAUGAGGUCCAUCGCAUGGUACAGGAUCUAAAUUUAAUGUCACGAGACUCUGCCGCGCCGCCUGUCCCGCCAAAACAUCCCACACGAACACCAAGUACUGAAGAAGGAAGCCACCAGAGUUUGAUGCUUGACCGUUCAGAUGCAUCACGAUCUCCACCGCGGAAUUACAACCUCAAAAUAUCAUUGCCUUCGAUUCCCCAUAACCCUAGGUUAUCCCAGUACUCAACAGCUAGUUUCACCAACAGUCCGCCAACUCCUUUGCCUACCAAAGAAAGUGUCUCAGAGACAAGUCUCAUGAGUUCAUCACUACGCCACUCGAGCAGCAGUUAUGCAUCUUCUGAAGCUGGUCAAAGUUCUACCGGAUGGCAAAGUCCACAGCCAGCGGCGAAACAGUUACGCCUCAGCCGCCAGCAAUCGAUAUCAACCAGAAACGGCCCAGCUUCUCCAGAGAUACGGGAUCAGACACAAAGACCCAACAACCGGUAUUCGACACUACAUUCCUCUCCAAUCCUUGGGCCUGAAUUUUCACAUGAGCUGGGAAGAACACUGUCACAAGCUGAGAUUGAGAAACUUCACCGAAGCGCGACGACGGCGAGCCAGCGAAAUGCUUUUGAAAAGGAAGCUUUUCGUAACUCGGCCAUACUCUGUGACGUCCGGGGCGAAGUAGUAGAAUACUCUCACCGUAUUAACCAUGACGAUCCUAGAGACGUUGAGAUGAUCUCCGUCUGUACCGACUGCCGCAUAGCCGUAGUACGCAAACGCAUCACCGACGCGGAAACCCGAACUGUCCGCGUCGUAAUCUCUAUCUGGGUCUUCAGCGAUGAUACCCAAGUCCGGAUGGAGCUCCGCAUGCAAGACGAGCACAUGUACAUUCCCUACGCAAGCUACUUUUCCCCUGCCAAAGUCUCCAUCACUGUCCCCUGCGAGCUUAGAUUCUACGACGUAGUGCAUGCAGCUGGUCCGGCCCGCACAGCGCAAACGAGUUGGGUAAAUUUUGUGUUUGAUAGUCCUCAGUGCUCCGCACUCUUCCAAAACGAACUAAUGGGCCGCACCCUCCUCGCCACGUUCCGCACGGAAAAAACGCUCCGCACGCACUCGGGCCUGUCCAAACCCUUCGCCUACGCAGAGCAAAUGUGCGGCCUCGAAACCCUGCGUAUCUGGCACGACAACGACACGGGCGCCGUAAUCGCCCUGUUGCACUUUUCGGCCGAUUUCCGCAAAGGCUAUCUCGCCUUUUACUUGAAUUCUGCCCGUGACCCGCUCACUGUCAAGGACGACGGCGUCAGACAGGUCAAGAUUCGUGGGCUCAAGGUUCCUGUGCAUGCGGCGCGGCCGCACCUUGGACACGGUGCUGGUACUACAAAGGGCAAGGAUAAAGCGGGGAGUAGUAGUAGUACUAGUACUAGUACUAGUACUAGUGGGAGUGGGAGUGGGGCCAAGAAGAAGAAACGCCAGGAUAAGGAUGAUGGGGUCAUUAGUGGGGCCAAGAUUGAGUUUGCGACCGAGGUGGAGAAGAGGGAAUUUUUGGACUUGUGCAGCGUUGUGCAGGGAAAUUUGAUCGAGUUGCCCGACUUGAAGGGCGUGAAUUGAUGGG